UGAUAUAAAAACCCAAUAAAGGCUACUCUCUUCUGCACUUGUCAAAGAGAAACAAAGAAACACUAUUAUUAAUGGAGACAUUCAAGUCCAACACUUCUCUUCUUUUAUUGGUCACACUCUUCCUUUCAACCAUUGUGUCUCAAAUCAAUGGAGGGGGUAUCAAGACACAAAGUGAAGCCCUUAGCCAACUUUACAAGGCUAAGUUGAAACAAAAUUCCAACAUUGACAGAAGCCAUUUUGAUGCAAAUCUUGAUGAUCUCCAAUAUCUUCAUACUGCUUCUAAAAAAACUGUGGUUUCUCAAGAGGGUUUGAAAGAGAAUGACAAAAUUCAGAAACUUCCGGGGCAACCUCCAGUGAAGUUUGAGCAGUAUGGUGGAUAUGUUACAGUUGAUGAAUCCGCUGGAAGAGCUUUCUAUUAUUAUUUUGUUGAAGCUCAACAUUCUAAGGAAUCUUUACCCCUUCUUCUUUGGCUUAACGGAGGUCCAGGAUGUUCUUCUCUUGCAUAUGGUGCGUUUCAAGAACUUGGACCAUUUAGAGUAAAUAGUGAUGGAAAAACACUUCACAAAAAUAAUUUCGCAUGGAACCAUGCUGCCAAUGUGUUGUUCGUGGAGUCUCCGGCGGGAGUAGGAUUUUCAUACUCUAACACUUCCACUGAUGUUAAAGUUGGAGGAGAUAGAAAAACAGCUAAUGAUAAUUACCGGUUCUUAAUAAAUUGGCUCGAAAAAUUUCCAGAAUACAAGGAUAGAGAUUUUUACAUAUCUGGAGAGAGUUAUGCAGGGCAUUAUGUACCUCAAUUGGCACAUACAAUUUUAUAUCACAACAAGAAGGCCAAAAAGAAUAUCAUUAAUCUUAAAGGAAUCUUGAUUGGUAAUGCAGUGAUUAAUGAUGAGACAGAUACAAGAGGAAUGUACGAGUAUUUUGCAAGUCAUGCCCUAAUUUCUGAUGAAGUUGAAGCUGAAAUCCAGAAGGAAUGCAAGUUCACAGUCCCAGAGAGUGAAGAAUCAGAUAAGUGCCAGGUGGCAUUAGGUAUUGCAGAAUAUGGUACUCACCCCCUUGAUAUCUACGCCAUAUAUGCUCCACACUGCCACAAUUCCAACCUCACUUCCCAUCCCAAGAAGCCUUCUUUAGUGAUCGAUCCAUGCAGUGACGACUACACAACUGCCUACAUGAAUAGGCCUGAUGUUCAGAAGGCUCUCCAUGCCAAUGUUACCAACAUUAAAUAUGCUACUUGGCAGCCUUGCAGUGACAUCCUAACAAAUUGGACAGACAGCCCAUCAACCGUAAUUCCUCUUCUCAGAGAGUUUAUGGCAAAUGAUAUUCGAGUGUGGAUAUUCAGCGGUGACACUGAUGGAAGGGUGCCUGUUACUUCAACCAAGAAAUCUAUUAAGAUAAUGAAUCUUCCUACCAAAACUCCGUGGCAUCCCUGGUUCCUCAAUGAAGAGGUUGGUGGAUAUACACAAGUAUAUAAAGGAGACAUGACAUUUGUUACGGUGAGAGGGGCAGGACAUCAAGUACCAGCCUAUGAGGCAGCUAGAGCCCUUUCACUAAUCAUGCAUUUUCUUGCUGGAACUGACCUCCCCGAUCUAAAACGAUACAAUUAUUAAUUGGACGAGAAAUUGUCUAGUCAAUUAUUAAUUUCCCUUAAGAUCCUAAUUCAUUUCAUGCAAUUAAUCACGGGUUAGGUUUAAACAAAA